AUGUCUGGCUACAAGUAUGAUGAGGAGGGCGGUCAGUUUAUGACGUUUUGCCUCACGGCACUCUUGGCGUUUAUGGUGCCAUAUACCUACCGCAUGCUCCGGCCGCAGCGCAAGACAGGUACGUCGUCUGCCCCCUCACAUGCAGCGAAGGCGCAGGGCUGGCUGGAUCAAAGUGGGCACAAGGUCAAAGCGGUUCAGCAGCUCAUGCGCACGUCACCCGUCUGGAAGACUCUGCACUGGGUCCUUCUGGCGGCUGGAUGGGCAGCCGUGGCGCUGCUGUUCAAGAAGGUCGCGUACCUGGUGAGCCACUCGGAGCACAAAGUAUACGAUCCCUUCUCGAUCCUGGGUAUCGCGGCCACCGCAACGGAGCGCGAAAUCCGCCGCCGCUAUCGCAAGCUAAGUGUUGAGUUCCACCCCGACAAGGUCGGCGACGUGUCGAACCAGACCAAGGCAGAAAUCGAAUCGCACUAUAUUGAGAUUACCAAGGCAUACAAGGCACUUACCGAUGAGACGAUCCGGAAGAACUACGAAGAGUACGGCCAUCCCGAUGGCAAGCAGGAGAUGUCGAUGGGCAUUGCCCUCCCGACCUGGAUCGUCGAGAGCAAGAACAACUGGCUAGUCCUUGCCGUGUACGGUCUCGUGUUCGGUGUCGGUCUGCCCCUGCUUGUCGCGCGCUGGUGGUAUGGUACGCGCUCGCGCACCAAGGAUGGCGUGCUGAAUGCCACUGCGCUCUCCUUUUUCCUCGCACUUAAGCCGACGGUGACGGCGGACGACCUCCCCCUGCUCCUGGCCAAGACGGAGGAGCUGAAGGGACAGUACGUCAGCGCGCUGCGUGCGAGUGAUGAGUCGGCGAUGACCGAGCUGACCGAGAAAGUACGCGCUGCCUACGAGCACGACACUGGCAAAGAGCUCGUGCCGGAGGGCGUGCCUGCGCCCGUGGCGCGCGCGCUCGUUCUGUUGAUGGCGUACCUGUACCGCAUCGAGUCGCGCCAAGCACACGUGGAACAGAUCAAGCUGCAGAUGGGACGCUACACGGAGAAGCUGCUGACGAGCCUGCUGGCUAUGAGCACGUCGCACAGCCGUCUGGAGCAGUCCAACGUGAUCCGCGAUAUGAUGGCACAUUUCGUGCAGGCGGUACCGCUCAGCGGUGGGCGCGUGUCGGAGCUGCUGCAGCUGCCGCACAUGACGGUGGCGCUUGCCAAGGAGGCACUCCACCUCGACAUGGUGGCGAAAUACGGCCUGCAGGGCCUGUGGAAGGUGCCGGACGCCGAGCGGCGCGCCGUGCUUGCGGGGCCGCAGGGGAUGACCACGGAUGCGUACGCCGAGUGCAUGCGUGCGUUGAGCGAAUGGCCGCGUCUGGAACUCGUCGACGCGUACUUUACCGUGGUCGGCGAGGAGCGCGUGAGCGCUGGCUCACUUAUGCACCUAGUUGUCAAGAUGCGCUUGCUGCCGCUGAAGCGCGAUGGGUCGCUCCUCCGCGAGGGCCGCCGCCUGGACGCGAAGAACAAGGACGGUAGCGAUAGCGUGCGCUCGGGGAUGGCAUCAGACUCGCUGCCGGACGACGCCGCGGCCGGCCGCGAGCCAACGGGCUAUGUGUAUGCGCCGUUUUUUGCCGAGGAGCGCAAGCCGCAGUGGUUCGUGCAGAUGGGCGACCACAAGAACGACCACCUCAUCCUGCCGCCAACCAAGUUUGGUGAUGUGGGUGCUACACAAACGCGCACGGUGCAUCUGCCUGUCAUUGCGCCGCCGGAGCCGGGCCUCUAUACGUUCCAGGUACAGAUCACAAGCGACUCGUACUUGGGCUCCCAUGCUGUGAAGCUCAUGAAGCUGAAUGUCGCGGAGCAGCGCCUCGCCAGUCCAGAGGAAGAAGAUGAGAUCUCCGACCCGGAGGAGGAUACCAUUGCGGGCCAGAUGGCCCUGAUGCGUGGCGAGAAGGUCAAGCCAUCGAACGUCGUGUACGCGGAUGAUGACGAGGAGGAAGAAGAGGAGGAGGAGGAGGAGGAUGACGACGACGACCGCGAGGACAGCAGCGAUAGUGAUUCUGAUUAG